AUGGUCGUAGCCGUUCAAACCUCGCUACCAUCUUUGGAACCUAUUUCAAUUGUUCCAGAAAAAUGCUGGAACGUGUCUCUAGCUUUUGGAAGUCGAGCUGUACCGAAAUUAAUCGACGAACUGAACAGCGGUGCUGGAACUGACGCUGAAAAGCUCCUUACUCGUCAAAGAGCCUUGAUUGCAUUAGCAGACUUAUUUCAUGCCCCAGAUCACACGUCGCGUGCCAUCCAAAUAGGAAUUGUACCAAAGCUGUUACUACUGUUGCCCUCCAAAGACAUCACUACACGACAAAAAACUGUUGAAAUCUUUGUGAUUCUUGCAGGUUUGGCUGUCGGACGAAACGUCUUAGUGGAGACUGAAGCAUUGAAACCCAUCUCACAAUUGUUCAACGACGAAGACCUCCUAGUGCGUCAUCACGCUCACACCGUCUUUGCUCGUGCGACAGUUGAUUCCCAAGCCGUAGAAAGCAUCCUCAACCACCGCCUAGUACCUUUGAUUGUAGCCAAGAUUGUUUCAGAAAAGUUGGAAUGUCAGGUUCUGGGUCUACAGACUCUUGCUCAAAUUUUACGACUUGGUCAAAAGCCAAGAAUACCUAAUCACGCUCUCGAUUGUGACGCUUUGGGAUCCUUAACUGGUCUGUUGACUCGUGAGCAAAUUGCUGAUAUCAAGAUUGGUGCUGCUCGUUGUGUAAUGAACUUGUGUUUCUACUCUGAAGGCAAAGCUCUGGCAUGUGAAGGACGAACCGUGCCCGCCCUUAUUGAAUUACUGGGUGAUAACAAGUCAGAAGUUAGAGCUGCUGCUGCUGGUGCUCUCAUGAGCAUCACCAUUUCUGUUGAAGCCAAAAAGUUUGUUGUAUCAGAGGGAGCCGUUCCCAUCCUUUCAGGGCUCCUUUCCGAUAAGAGUGAAUAUGUGUUGUUGAACGUCAUCAAGACAAUCACGAACUGUGCUGAAGACUAUCGUGGACGAUUCCAGCUUGCAAGCUGCAUUCCAACUUUGGAAGAAUUGAGAAAACAAUACGCCGACAGUCCUCAAAUUUCAGACGCUGCCAAGAAAGCGAUUCAAGUCAUUUCAUGGAGGCCCUAA